AUGUCGAAUUCGGGUGGAGCGAAGCGAAGCAGCGCCAACGGCUCGUUUACGGGCGGGGCGAGCACCCCGGUGUUUGGCCCGAGCAUCCCGUCGAGCGUGUACCCCAAAGACUCUGUUAAGGAUGUCGCCGAGUCGCUCGGCAUCACGAACCUGCGCGACAAUAUCGCCACGGCGCUGGCGACCGACAUCGAGUACCGCAUCCGCGACAUUGCGCAGAGCGCGGCCAAGUACAUGAAGCACUCGAAGCGCUCGCGCAUGACGACGUCAGACAUUGACAAUGCGCUGCGCCAAAAGAACAUUGAACCGCUGUACGGCUUCUUCCCGCCGUACACGGGCGGCAAGGCCAAGGGGCCCUGGUUCCGUACCGUGCAGACCGCGUCGGGCGUGCCGAUGUACAUGGUCGAGGACGAGGAGGUGGACUUUGAUAGCAUCCUCGAGAACGGGCCACGCGUCGGCGUCGGCCGCGGCGUCGGCUGGCACGCCCACUGGCUCGCGAUCGAGGGCAUCCAGCCGCCGAUCCCUGAAAACCCUGUUUUCCUCGCCCGGCAGUCGGCCGCGGGCGACGGCGCGCUGCCGGACGCUGGUGAGGCCGCGGCGGAGCUCGGAAGCACGGCGGUCAAGCCGCUCGUGAAGCACGUUCUGUCGCGCGAGCUGCAGCUGUACUACGAGCGCCUCACUUCGUCGAUCAUCAGUCCCCCAGCCGACGCCGAGACGAGCCAGGGCGAGGCGCCGCCUUCGGACGUCGCCGCCGCGCAGCUCUCGCAGUACUCGCAGGGCUCGAGCGGCAACACGGUGCGCGACGCGGCGCUGGCAAGCCUGCGUGGCGACGCGGGUAUUCACCAGCUCGUGCCGUACCUGAUCCAGUGGGUCGGCGCGAACGUGACGCAUGUCCUGCGCUCACGCCCGGCCGAGGCAGAUGCACAGGAGCGCGAGCGCACCGUGCAUGUGCUGCACACGAUGCUCGACACGCUGCACGCGCUGCUGAUCAACCCGUCGAUCUUUAUCGAGCCGUACCUGCACCAGCUCAUGCCGUCGGUCCUGUCGAUCCUGCUUGCGGUCUAUACCUUGACGCACGAGGUGCACGCGGAUCUGGAGCGCGCAGCGCUGGCGUUGCGCCUGUACGCUGCUACUCUGCUGGCCUACAUUAUCGACCACUUUGCCGAGUGCUACCCCACGCUGAAGCCGCGCGUCGUCGCGACGCUGCUCCAGGCGCUCUUUGCGCACGUCGACGACGGCACAGCCGCGACCACGCCCGAGGCCUCGGGCUCGCUCGACGCCAAGAUCGGCGCGCUGAUUGCACUGCGCAAGCUCGGGCCGGCGAGCUUCAAGACGCUCCUGGGCAAUGUCGGCGUCCUGCCACCGCUCGAGUCCAGCGAGGAGCACGACGCGGAGCGCAUUCCGCUGCGCGAUAUGGGCGCGUGGCUCAAGACGCUUGUCGCGUCCGAGGGGCGUGCGGGCUUCCUCGCAAAAUGCAUCGUCGAGCAGGUGCGCGGCGGCCUGCGCGCGCUCGGCACCGAAAGCGACGGCGCUCCGGCCAUCCCGGACGCUGCGACGCUCGAGCAGAUCGAGGGCAUGUACGGGCCCUACUGGACGCGCGAGGUGCUCCACGAGGACGCCGCGGCGCUCACCGCCUUGGCGCAAUAUCGUCCACUGGCUGAAGAACAGUAG